CCUCACCUUGUUGUAUCUAACCCUAAUAUCUCAUCCAUUUUUUCUUUAUAAGCCUACCAUCCCCACCCCUCCAUUUUCACAUCCUGUCUUCCUCUCCAAUCCUUUCUCAAAAGGGAAAAAAAGGAGAGAAAUAAUCAGAGAUGGGGUUGUUUAGAUCAUCAACGCUCAUGUUGAUGCUAUUGUUUCUAGUCUAUACUUUAUCAUCAGCCUUCGACAUGUCAAUCAUAUCCUAUGACCAAACUCAUGCUACCAAAUCAAGCUGGAGAACUGAUGAUGAGGUUAUGGCCAUGUACGAGGAGUGGCUUGUAAAGCAUGGAAAGAACUACAACGCUCUAGGAGAGAAAGAAAAGAGAUUUGAGAUUUUUAAGGAUAAUCUUAUGUUUAUUGAUCAGCAUAAUUCAGAGAACCGGACCUACACAGUCGGGUUGAACCGAUUUGCUGAUCUGACCAACGAGGAGUACCGGUCCAUGUACUUGGGUACUCGAACUGGUCAUAAGAAGAGGUUGCCUAAGACAAGUGAUCGUUAUGCUCCGCGUGUUGGAGACUCUUUGCCGGAUUCCGUUGACUGGAGGAAGGAAGGUGCCGUAGCUGAGGUCAAAGAUCAGGGAGGCUGUGGGAGUUGCUGGGCGUUCUCAACGAUUGCUGCUGUGGAAGGGAUUAACAAGAUCGUCACUGGUGAUUUGAUCGCUUUGUCUGAGCAGGAGUUGGUGGAUUGUGAUACCAGUUAUAAUGAAGGGUGCAAUGGUGGUCUUAUGGAUUACGCUUUUGAAUUCAUCAUCAACAAUGGUGGCAUUGACACUGAAGAUGACUAUCCCUACCUUGGUCGUGAUGGUAGAUGUGACACGUACAGGAAAAAUGCCAAAGUUGUUUCAAUCGAUUCUUAUGAAGAUGUUCCUGAAAAUGAUGAGACGGCAUUGAAAAAGGCAGUGGCAAAUCAGCCAGUGAGUGUUGCAAUUGAAGGUGGUGGCAGAAAUUUCCAGUUAUAUAAUUCGGGUGUAUUUACUGGAGAAUGUGGGACAAGUCUGGACCAUGGUGUUGCUGCCGUGGGUUACGGAACUGAAAAGGGUAAAGAUUACUGGAUUGUGAGGAACUCAUGGGGCAAGAGCUGGGGAGAGAGCGGCUAUAUCAGAAUGGAGAGAAACAUUGCUAGUCCAACAGGAAAAUGUGGAAUUGCAAUAGAACCCUCUUACCCUAUCAAGAAAGGCCAAAAUCCGCCCAAUCCUGGUCCAUCGCCUCCAUCUCCAGUAAAACCUCCUUCCGUGUGUGACAAUUACUUUUCCUGCCCUGAUAGCAGUACUUGCUGCUGCAUCUUUGAGUAUGGAAAGUAUUGCUUUGCAUGGGGAUGCUGCCCACUCGAGGGUGCCACCUGCUGUGAUGACCAUUAUAGCUGCUGCCCACAUGAGUACCCAGUCUGCAACGUUAAUGAAGGAACCUGCUUGAUUAGCAAGGGCAAUCCAUUUGGAGUGAAGGCAUUGCGACGCACUCCUGCUAAGCCUCACUGGGCUCACGGAACUGAAGGCAAAAACAGCGUUGCUUGAGCAUCAGUUCACGCCCAGAAGCAGCAGUCGAUAGAAUCAAAGAAAUGAGAAAAGAAUCAUAGCUGGUUUUGAUGCUUUUCCUCUUGAUUUUAUUAUGCUGCAGACCUUAAUUUCUGCAUCAUUCGACACCCAAAGAUGGAUGAUAAUUAAAUGAUCAUUAAGAUGCUGAUUGUGUAAAUAAUUUAAUAUUUAUCUGCAUUGCAUCUGGAGAAUAGACAGCUUGUUAUCUGUUUCCAAUAUCUUCUGUAAAUGUUGUCAUAAUCUAGCAAUAUGACUAUGAUGAAUUUGGUCUGUAAUACCAUCCGCGGUGCUUGUAUAUUGUGGUAUGCUAAGCAUCAAUGGCAUUUAUCCUUUUCUCUGCA